AUGCUAAGGAACUUUCUGCUGCUUCUAACGGCUCUUCUAACAGUUGUUUCGGGGCUAGAUGUUGAUAAAGAACAACUCAUCAAAGACUACCAAAAUGCCAUUGAUCAAUCGUUAUUAUGGGGUCCUUAUAGACCAAAUGCUUACAUGGGUAUAAGACCGAGAAUCCCACACUCUUUGGUUUCAGGUUUGUUCUGGUUCAAUGCCGAUGAUAUACAAAACAUCCAUAAAAUUAGACAUUUUUGUGAUAAUGGUGCAGAUUUCCAAGGUUUUGGCUGGACCAAAUAUGAUCCAAGAUUAGGAGGUCGUCAAGAGUUUAAAGAUAAUGAAUUGAAAUUGGAUAUAACUACUGAUUUCGUAAAGUCCAAAGAUGGUAAUUGGGCUAUGAAAGUGAAAGGUGUUCCAAGACCUGGUUAUGAAUCUCAAACUAAUUCUAUUGUUUUCUAUGCUGGGUUAGAAGGUGAAGGAAUGUUAACUUCGGCAUCUGGUGAACCUCCUGAAGGGUUUAAGAAAGGUGAUUCGAUCAAAUUGCUAGGUCACUCCAUAGAUUUCCAAGGUUUUGAGAUUGAUGUUAGUGAUGGUCCAAAGACUAAUCUACAUAAAAGUCUAAAAAAGAGUCAACUGGCAGAUCCAGCUUUGAAUCCAGCUAGAACCCAUUAUCUUUCAAUGAGAGUACCGGAUGGUAAUGUUUGGAAAGCUAAGGAUAUUUUCAAUGUUUUGAUUAGUGAGUCUGUUAAUGAUAUCGCUGCAAAGAAUCCAGAUGCAAAGGUUAUGCCACAUCCAAGUUCACUCAUGUCAUUAAGAAAUAUCAAUGGAUUUGAAGGUAACUUACAUUUUAUCCAAAAAACUUUCACAGGCGCUUUUGAAUUUGAUAUCACUUUUAACAUUGAGAAUGCUGAUAAACGAUUAGAGUUUGAAGAUAUUGAUGAAUUAACAAAUAAAACCAUCUCCAAGUUUGAAAAUAAAUUCAACAAAGUCUUUGAUUUGCAACCACCUUUCAACAAGCCAAAAUAUCAAAAAUUUGCUGAAGAGUUUUUAUCUAACAUAAUGGGAGGUAUUGGAUAUUUCUAUGGUGAUCAUUUAGUUGAUAGAGAAACAGAAUUUAAUGAAGAGAAAUAUGAAAAUAUCCAAUUGGAUGGGAAACCUGAAGGUCCUUUUGAGUUGUUUAGUGCUAUCCCUUCAAGAACUUUUUUCCCUAGAGGGUUUUACUGGGAUGAAGGUUUCCAAUUGAUUCCAAUCUUACAAUAUGAUACAGAUUUGGUUUUGGAAAUAUUGAAAAGUUGGUUCAAUUUGAUUGAUGAAGAUGGAUGGAUCGCUAGAGAACAAAUCUUGGGUGCUGAAGCAAGAAGUCAAGUUCCAGUUGAAUUCCAAGUUCAAAAUCCAAAUAUUGCAAAUCCUCCAACUUUAAUGUUGUUAUUCACUGAUUUACUAAAUAAAGCUAAAGAAGCUCAAGAAGGUUCAGCGGAUUUGGGUGACAUUGAUGAACCAGAAACUGUUGAUGCGUAUGGGAAAGUUGACUUUACAGAGUUGACGGAUGCACAUUUAAAAUAUCCAGAUCUUUUGAUUGAUUACGCUGAAAAAAUUUAUCCGAAAUUACAAUCACAUUACGAAUGGUUCAAGAGAACUCAAAGGGGUGAAUUGGAAGAAUUUGAGCGUGAACCAUCUUCACCAGUGGAAGCUUAUAGAUGGAAAGGUCGUACUUUCACACAUAACUUACCAUCUGGUCUUGAUGAUUACCCAAGGGCCCAACCACCAGAUAUUGCUGAAUUGAAUGUUGAUUUGAUUUCAUGGGUAGGUACAAUGACAAGAUCUAUGAAGAAGAUUGCUGAGUUAUUAGGUAAAAAGGAAGAUGCUGCCAAGUACUCCAAAGUUGAAUAUGCCAUCCAAAGAAACAUUGAAGAUCUUCAUUGGUCAGAAAAGGAUAAAGCAUAUUGUGAUGUUUCUGUUGAUCAAGCUGACAAUGAUGUUUUCUACUGUGCUAAAGGAUAUAUCUCUCUAUUCCCAUUUGCAUUAAAGAUGUUGGCACCUGGCAACAAGCACAUUCGUGAUGUUAUCGAAUUGAUUGCUGAUCCAGAAGAGUUAUUUUCACCAUUUGGUUUGAGAUCCCUUUCAAAGUCCAAUGAAUUCUAUAGAACAGAUGAAGACUACUGGAGAGGUCCGAUUUGGCUCAAUAUCAACUAUUUGGUCUUGGACAGUUUAUUACAUUAUGGUACUGGUGAAAACGCUAAGCAACUUGAUCAAGAUACCUUUGCGUUGGCCAAUAAGACAUACACUGAGCUCAGAAAGAAUCUUGUCAACAACGUCUACAGACAGUGGAGGGCAACAGGGUUCGCCCAUGAACAGUAUGAUGACAAGACAGGUAAGGCCAAGGGAGCUAAGCACUUUUUAGGCUGGACUGGGCUUGUUACUGUGAUUAUGAGAAUGCCAGAGUCGUUGAAAUAGAUGGAAUAGAUGUCAUUUUUCAAAUCU